CACAUCCUCAAGACUGCAACGUGUCCAGAGCUCCCAGCAAAGUCUCCACCAGAGCUCCCAGUGUGAUUCUCACAGAGCUCCCAUUAAGUCCCCACCAGAGCUCCCAGUGUGAUCCUCACAGAGCUCCCAGCAAGUCCCCACCAGAGCUCCCAGUGUGAUUCUCACAGAGCUCCCAGCAAGUCCCCACCAGAGCUCCCAGUGUGAUCCUCACAGAGCUCCCAGCAAGUCCCCACCAGAGCUCCCAGCAAGUCUCAACCAGAGCUCCCAGUUAUUCCCAGUGACAGAUCUUGCACACCUACCAUGGAGAACUGUACUAACGGCUGUGAGAAUGGAGGACCUUGUAAUGAUACAGACCUCGUCGCAGACUCUUUCAAGGCGUCUGAGUUAAUAAUCCACCGUUCCAGCUCUUCGGGUGAGAAGCCAGAUCCUGACAAUCUUGUGUUUGGUACGGUAUUCACAGACCACAUGCUGACCAUCGAAUGGUCGAAGGAGAAGGGUUGGGAGAAACCGGUGAUUAAACCUUUCCAGAACUUCUCUCUGCACCCGGCAUCUGCUGUCUUUCACUACGGUGUGGAGUUGUUUGAAGGCUUAAAGGCGUAUCGUGGAGAAGAUGGAGAAGUUCGAUUAUUUCGACCAAAACUCAACAUGGAGCGAAUGCUGCGAUCUUCCAAGCGAAUGUGUCUGCCAGAAUUCGAUAAGAAGGAACUUUUGCAGUGUAUCCUGAAAUUAGUUGAGGUGGAUAAAGAGUGGGUACCUUACUCCACAUCGGCCAGUCUGUACAUCCGUCCCACGUUUAUCGGAACUGAGAAAUCGUUAGGAGUGAAGAAGUCGUCCUCUGCGCUCCUGUAUGUCAUUCUAAGCCCUGUUGGCGCUUAUUUUGCUAAAGGAAGUUUCAAACCCAUUUCUUUGUGGGCUGAACCGAAAUACGUGAGAGCUUGGAAGGGCGGCACUGGGGACUGCAAAACCGGAGGAAACUAUGGGACAUCCCUCUUUGCACAGUACGAGGCCAUGGAUGUGGGAUGCCAGCAAGUGCUCUGGUUGUACGGAGAAGAUCAGAAGCUUACUGAAGUCGGGACCAUGAACAUUUUCAUCUACUGGAAAAACGAAAAUGGCGAGGAGGAGCUGAUAACCCCACCACUAGAUGGCAUCAUUCUUCCAGGAGUUGUGAGGCAGAGUAUCUUGGAUCUAUCGCGCAAGUGGGGGGAAUAUAAAGUUUCAGAAAGAUAUAUCACAAUGGCGGAUCUGGUGAAAGCAUUAAAGGAAAACCGUGUGAAGGAGAUGUUCGGCUCUGGGACGGCCUGCGUUGUGUCCCCAAUUGGUGACAUCCUGUACAAGAAUGAGAAUCUUCCCAUUCCCACCAUGGAAAACGGGCCAAAGAUUGCAACACGCAUCCUGAACACGCUAGCUGACAUCCAGUACGGAAGGGUGGAAAGCGACUGGACUGUGAGCGUAUCUUAGCCAGCAUCGUUCCCAGGAUAAAAUGAUUACACUCCGUUUACCUAUGGAAGCACAAGACUGGAGUAGCUGUAGUGUAACUGUGUGUUCUUAUUUUGAAUGAUAAAUAUCGUGCUGUGCUGUACAGACUCGCUAGAGAUCUCUAAUGUAAUCAGUCAUUGAAUUUAAAUAUUGGAUCCUACUUCUA